UCGGGUUAAUUAACCGGCUCUUCGGUCAGUUCGUCAACACUAGUCGUGGGCAAUUGUGGUCCAGCAGGACUCAGAUCUAGAGAGCAGCAGUUUUGUCCAUCUAUGUUAACUGCUGAUAUGCCUCCCGUGAAGCUCGAGAGAUCAGAUGAUGCCAAACCUGUUGACAAUGGCAAGGACAAGAAAUGCAUCACCUCAGCAUUGAAGGGACUGGAGACAAUUGAACCUCUGGUUCGCUCUGUAGUAGAGACCCCCGAGCCCAUUUCCGCUGAAGUACAAGGCACCAUUCCCUCCUGGAUCAAUGGCAACUUCCUCCGCAAUGGCCCGGGGAAGUUUGAGUUUGGAAACACACACUUCAACCACUGGUUUGAUGGGAUGGCCAUGCUACACCAGUUCAAGAUCGACAAAGGCCAGGUGACAUACAUGAGUCGGUUCCUGCACAGCGAUGCCUACAAGAAGAAUAGCGAAAAGGACCGCAUCAUGAUGUCAGAAUUUGGUACCCUUGCUUUGCCCGACCCCUGUAAAAACUUCUUCCAGCGCUUCCUGUCUCGCUUUGAGAUGAUGGAGCCCACAGACAAUGCAAGUGUGAGCUUUGUGAAAUACAAGGGUGACUUCUAUGUCAGCACGGAGACAAAUUUCAUUCAUAAAGUGAACCCAGAAAACUUAGAAACAUUGGAAAAGGUAGCCUACCAUCACGAUAACCAUGGAGUAAUAGAUGUAGACUGGAGCAAGUUUAUUGCUGUAAAUGGAGCCACUGCUCACCCACACUAUGACCCUGAUGGUACCACCUACAAUAUGGGCAACUCUUAUGGGAGCAAAGGAGCCCUGUACAACAUCAUCACAGUACCUCCUGAGAAGACGGAUGCCAAAGAAACCCUUCAAGGAGCCAAAAUACUCUGCUCUAUUGUACCUGCAAACAAGUCUCAUCCCUCCUACUACCACAGCUUUGCUAUGUCUGAGAACUAUGUGGUGUUCAUUGAGCAGCCAAUUAAGAUGGACCUGCUAAAGAUAGUCACAUGCAAGCUGAGGGGGAAGGCUUUGAGCGACGGUAUCUACUGGGAUCCCAAGCAGGAAACUGUCUUCCAUCUCGUUGACAAGCUAACAGGCGAGGUCAGCUCAGUGAACUACCAUACCAAGGCUAUCUCCACCUUCCAUCAGAUCAACGCCUUCGAGGAAGAUGGUUUCUUGAUGCUCGACAUGUGCUGCUCAGACGACGGCCAAGCCAUCAACAACUACCUCAUCCAGAACUUACGCAAGUCAGGAGACGCGUUAGAUGAGGUGUACAACACCAUGUGCAGGGUAUUCCCUCGGCGUUUUGUUCUGCCCCUUCAAGUGACCAGCGAAACCCCAACAGACCAGAACCUAAACGUGCGGCCCUCCAGUGCGGCAACAUGUGUCAAAAUCAGCAAAGAUAAGGUGUUCUGCCAACACGAGGAUCUCCAUGGAGAUGACCUCCACGAGUACGGUGGCCUGGAGUUCCCUCAGAUAAACUAUGGGAGAUAUAACACACGGCCGUACCGUUAUUUCUAUGGCUGUGGCUUCAGACACCUGGUGGGGGACUCCCUGCUCAAGAUGGACCUGAAGGACAAGACACUCAAGGUCUGGUACCAGAAAGGUUUCUUCCCAUCAGAGCCUGUGUUUGUGCCGUCACCUGAUGCUGUGGAGGAGGACGAUGGUGUCAUCCUGUCUGUGGUUCUCACCCCCUCACAGGAUAAAGGAACAUUCCUCCUGGUUUUGGAUGCAAAGACAUUUGAAGAGCUGGCAAGAGCCAGCGUGCCUGUUAACAUGGCGUAUGGUUUCCAUGGCACCUUCAAUGCUUCUUCCUAAACCUGUUUCGGUUACAUUUAAAGUGUUUCUGGAAUGACUAUAAAUAAAACAAUACCUAAUGCAGUGCUAAUCAUUAUAACCACUAUAUUGCUGAUAGUACGGAGUUACUGCACUGUAUAUGAAGAUAGAUGCAGUUUUCUGUUACUGACUGAAUAGUUUCUGUUACUAACUGUAUGUUUUUCUAAACUAGUUUGCAGUAACAUUACAGUAAUGGCAUUAAGAGCCUUAACAAACUUAAAUAUAAUCUAUAUAUAUUGUGAAUGAUAUUCCUUUCAUACCAACCUGAAACUGGUACUCAGGAGUUAUUAUACUGUAGACAUCAAGCCUGUGAUUUUCAGGUUGCAUGACCCUCCAACCAAUCAAGUGCCAAAUUAACAUUUUCUUCAAACAUUCUUUUGAUACUCAAAUGUUUAUUUUUUUUUUUACAGGUUUGAUUUUUAUACACUACUUGCCAAUAAAAUGUGUACCUCUGUCUGAACUGUCAAGUGUGUUUACAAAGUUUUGCAUUGUCUGUGCAUCCUACACACAUCGAAAUUGAAAAGCUAAUGGUGAAAUGUGCUAACAUAUGAAAACAGCUGUUUCAUGUGUAG